AUGCAAUAUGUGCGCUCCAUCUCCGGCUCCGUGGGCGCCGCCUGGAACUCCAUCAACCCGGCCACCCUCUCCGGCGCAAUCGACGUCGUCGUCGUCGAGCAAGACGAUGGCUCCCUCGCCUGCAGUCCCUUCCACAUCCGCUUUGGCAAAUGGCGUCUACUACGGCCCUACGAGAAGAAGGUGGAGUUCAAGGUGAAUGGCUCCAAGCAGGACUUUCCUAUGAAGCUGGGCGAAGGCGGCGAGGCUUUCUUUGUGUUUGAGACGCAGGAGAACGUACCGGAAGCGCUGCAGACCAGUCCGUUGGUCAGCCCAGCGGCGAGUCCACGGCUGCAGCCUAGUGCGAUAGAAACACCUAGACUGCAAGAGCCCGAUCCUUUCGAGUUGGAGAAUGCGCUGAAUGGCGGCACACCGGGGAAGAAGAAGGCACAUGGGAAGAGUGCGAGUGAAAGUAUACCGGUUCCAAAUGUGGCGGCAGGAAGGGCGUAUAGUGAUGCCGGACAAAUGACGCCUUCACGGACACAUCUGGAUGCGCCGUUCAGUCGUAGGCCGCUGAGCACCGAUGUGUCGGAAUACAGGCAGUCGCCAAAGCUGGAGCGCAAUGUUACGGACAGCGACUUGCCCAUGGCGAGAGCGGCCAUCUCGAACUCGCUUGAUAGCAGCAAGCCGCUCUUUAACCCGCCCGACUCACGGCAACGACCUACAUCGCCUCUACGAGCGAGGACGGAUCGCUCGAGCAGUCCUCCGCCGGUGAAUACAGAAGAGGCACGGACACGAGCAAUGAAUCUGUCUAAAAAGCUAUGGACAUCGAACAUCAGCAACCAGGUCACAGACUCCGGGGAUUUGAUGCUGGAUAUGACGGGCUACAAGAGCAGCGACGGGGAAGCUCUACACGCAGAGGCCAUUGCCCGGCAGCUGCUGUCUGAGGAGAUAGAUGGUCCUUACGAUAUCGGUGCGCUGAUUGGCGCGGAUGAGAACGGCAACAUCUGGAUAUACAGCAGCGAAGAGGCGAAGGAAGCGGCUGGAAACAAGGCAUCGAAAGGCCUGGGCAUCCACGGCUACCAUUCCGCGGAUGCAUUGUCAGACCCCGGCUACCACAGUGACGAAGCCAACGAUGCUUCCUCCGACACCAAAGUUGAGCUUUCGAGCUCACACUACCGUCGAGACUCGGAUAGCGCAGUAGGCAUGAACUCUGAACCUAAUUCACCAAACAACGCUGCCACCGCCGGCGACCCUAACAAGAACUACGCCAAAACCCUCCGUCUCACCUCCGAGCAGCUCAAAACGAUGGACCUCAAAGCCGGCGGUAACUCCAUGUCCUUUACCGUCAACCGUGCGACUUGCCAUGCCACCCUCUGGUAUUGGCGCCACGACGUCCCGAUUGUAAUCAGCGACAUCGACGGCACCAUCACCAAAUCCGACGUCUUGGGUCACGUCCUCAACACCAUCGGCCGCGACUGGACGCAUCAGGGUGUAGCUAAGCUCUACACCGACAUCGCCUCCAACGGCUACAACUUCCUCUACCUCACCAGCCGCUCCGUCGGCCAAGCAGACACUACCAGGGGGUACCUCGACGGCGUGGCACAAGAUGGCUAUCGACUACCCAAAGGCCCCGUCAUCCUCAGCCCUGACCGCACGAUCGCCGCCCUGCGACGCGAAGUCUACCUCCGCAAACCCGAAAUCUUCAAAAUGGCCUGCCUCCGUGACAUCAUGGCCCUCUUCUCCGGCCACGGCGGCUCGAACAACACCUCCGCCUCCGCAGACGCCGGCCUGCACAACCCCACCCGCCCCGGCGCACUAGGCAGCGGACGCGGCCGAGGUGGCUCGCCCUUCUACGCCGGCUUCGGCAACCGCCUCACAGACGCCUUGUCCUACCGCUCCGUCAACAUCCCCUCCACCCGCAUCUUCACCAUCAACAGCAUGAGCGAAAUCAGCCUCGACUUGCUGAGUCUGAACAACUACAAAACGGCCUACGGCACCAUGCGCGAAAUUGUAGACCACUAUUUCCCGCCCGUCGGCCUGCUCGUCAAAGGCGGCGGCGAGGAAUUCACGGAUUUCAACUACUGGCGCGAGAAACCGCUCGAUAUCGUCGAUUUCACGGACUCGGAGAGCGAGGACGAGGAUAACGCUAUCCACCACUCGCUCGCCCGCAGGGCUGACUCGGGGGGGUUGAAGCAGAGCUUACUCCUUAGCGAGGACGAGGCGGCGGACGAGAUGUUGGAGUCGAGUUAUUUUGAUGGGAGAGGGAGGAUGAGUUUGGAGGAGAGCGUGGCGGGGGAGAGUGUGGCGGAGAGUGAGGUCGAGGGGGAGGAUGAUGAGGGGGAGUUGAUGGGGAGUCUUGUGUUGGAUGAGGAGGAGGAGGGGGAUGGGGAUGAUGAGAUGGAGGAGGAGAGUGGGGAUGAAGAGGGGAGUGCGCCGCGCACGCCGGAGAGGACUCCACGAGUGGGGCAGGAGGAUAGGGAGGCGACGCCUAGGCGGUCGGAGGACUUGGUGGCAAUCGUCACGCCACCCCUGAUCUUCGCAGGUCUGGUGCUGACACUAUGGACAUGGAAGUGUUUGAUGAUGGUUGUCUUCCAGGACAAGAUCAUCUACAUGCCUAAUAUGCCGCCUUUCUCGCGUUCGGAGACGAUGGAGGAGUACUUGCCGCAAUGCCAGCCGGUUGACUGGAAGAUGCAGCAUGUUAAAUCCAAGGAUAGAACGAAGCUUGCGGUCUGCUGUGGGAGUAUGGCGUCCACCUCUAAGACGCUGGAUGAUGCGAGCCGAACAAGGGUUGUUAUAUGCUACUUUCAGGGCAACGGAGGCUCGCUCCCGCCUCGACUACCGAUGCUUUCGGCUGUGCUUAAAUCUAUUGCAGCGCAGACGUACGAUUGUGAAAUCACGAUGCUCUGUCUCAGCUACCGCGGCUACUGGCAGUCCUCCGGCCGCGCGACUCAGUCUGGUAUCGAGCUAGACGCGCAAGCUCUCCUCGAGCACGUAGUCGAGCACUACGCCUCCUCGGGCGAAGACGUCAAAUUCAUCCUCUGGGGCCAAAGCAUCGGCAGCGGCGUCGCCACAACAGCAGCCGCCUCUUACCUCACCCGGCCCGGAAGCGCAAAACUCCCAAUAUCAGGCCUAAUCCUCGAAACACCCUUCACAAGCAUCAAAUCCAUGCUCGCGGCCCUCUAUCCCCAGAAAUGGCUCCCCUACCGCUACCUCUGGCCGCUCCUCUGGAACCACUGGGACAGCGUUGCCGCUUUGAACACAAUUGCGGAUGCAGGUCAUAAGCCGAAGAUUCUGCUCCUGCCUGGGUCGAAGGAUGAGGUCGUGCCGGCUGAGGAGGCUGAUAGGCUUGAGCGGGCUUGUGGGGGGCUUGGGCUCGAGUAUGAGAGGAGGGAUGUGCUGGGGGCGCUGCAUCAUGAGACCACAACCAAAGCCCCUGGGCGACAUGCUAUUGCGGCGUUCAUCGCGGAGGCUGGCACACCCACUUCGCCAUGA